AUGUACGGCAGUGCCAGAGCUGUAGGCCAUAUAGAGAGCAGCCCCGCACGGUCCCCGCGCCUGCCAAGGUCCCCCAGACUGGGCCAUCGGAGGGCCAACAGCGGGGGCGGGGGUGGUGCGGGGGGCAAGACGCUCUCCAUGGAGAACAUCCAGUCCCUCAAUGCUGCCUAUGCCACCUCGGGGCCCAUGUACCUGAGUGACCACGAGGGCGUGGGUUCAACUGCCACCUACCCAAAAGGCACUAUGACUCUGGGUCGAGCCACCAGCCGGGCCAUGUACGGGGGCCGCGUCACAGCCAUGGGCAGCAGUCCCAACAUUGCUUCAGUGGGGCUGCCCCAUGCUGACCUUCUGUCUUACAGUGACCUGGGCUCCCUCUCCAUGCUGCACCACCACCACCACCACCAGGGGGUGCCCUCCGCUCUGCUGAGGCAGGCGGUGCGGGGCAGUGGGGGGGAGCUGCUGGAGAUGCAGGCCCAGCUCAGGGAUAUGCAGAGGGAGAAUGAGCUGCUGCGCAGGGAGCUUGACCUGAAGGACAGUAAGUUGGGAUCUUCCACCAACAGCAUAAAGAGCUUCUGGAGUCCUGAGCUGAAGAAGGAGAGGAUAAUGAGGAAGGAAGAGGCUGCCCGCACAUCAAUCCUUAAAGAGCAGAUGAGAGUCACUCAUGAGGAGAACCAGCAUCUCCAGAUGACCAUCCAGGCUCUGCAGGAUGAGCUGCGUACACAGCGAGACCUAAACCACCUGCUGCAGCAGGAGAGUGGCAAUCGCUCUAUUUCAGAUCACUUCACCACCAUUGAGCUGACAGAGGAGAACUUCCGUCGACUGCAGGCUGAACAUGAUAGACAGGCCAAGGAGCUUUUCUUGUUGAGAAAAACCUUGGAAGAGAUGGAGCUGAGAAUCGAGACCCAGAAACAGACAUUGGGUGCCAGAGAUGAGUCCAUUAAGAAGCUGCUGGAGAUGCUGCAGAGCAAAGGGCUGCCCCCAGGGCCUGGCAGGGUGUCUGAGGAGGAGGAGCAGGAGAGAAACAGGCGCAUUGCUGAGGCAGAGGCCCAGCUCGGACACCUGGAGGUCAUUCUGGAUCAAAAGGAGAAGGAAAACAUCCAUCUGCGAGAGGAGCUGCACAGGAGAAAUCAGCUGCAUCAGGAUCCAAGCAAAACCAAGGCCCUCCAGACCAUCAUAGAGAUGAAAGACACCAAAAUUGCCUCUCUGGAACGCAACAUUCGAGAUCUGGAGGAUGAGAUCCAAAUGCUCAAGGCAAACGGCUUAUUGAACACAGAGGACCGAGAAGAGGAGAUCAAACAGAUGGAGGUCUACAAGAACCACUCUAAGUUUAUGAAGACCAAGAUUGACCAGCUGAAGCAGGAGUUAUCAAAGAAGGAGUCAGAGCUGCUGGCUCUGCAGACAAAACUAGAGACCCUCAACAACCAGAACUCAGACUGCAAACAGCAUAUCGAGGUGCUCAAAGAGUCUCUCACUGCCAAGGAGCAACGUGCUGCCAUCCUGCAAACAGAGGUGGAUGCUCUACGUCUGCGUCUAGAAGAGAAAGAGUCCUUCCUUAACAAAAAAACCAAGCAGCUGCAGGACUUGACGGAGGAGAAGGGUACUCUUGCUGGAGAAAUCAGGGACAUGAAGGACAUGUUGGAGGUCAAAGAAAGAAAGAUCAAUGUCCUGCAGAAAAAAAUUGAGAACCUGCAGGAACAGCUGCGGGACAAAGACAAGCAGCUGGGGAACCUGAAAGACAGGGUCAAGUCUCUGCAGACCGACUCCAGUAACACAGACACUGCCCUGGCCACACUGGAGGAGGCACUGUCGGAGAAGGAGAGGAUUAUAGAACGUUUAAAGGACCAAAGGGAGAGGGAAGACAGAGAACGCCUGGAAGAAGUGGAGUCCUAUAAGAAGGAGAACAAGGAUCUCAAGGAGAAAGUCAACACCCUGCAGAUAGAGUUAACAGAUAAAGAGUCCAGUCUCAUCGAUCUCAAGGAGCAUGCUUCAUCCCUGGCGUCUUCUGGCCUUAAGAAAGAUUCAAAGCUCAAGUCACUGGAGAUUGCCAUUGAGCAGAAAAAAGAGGAGUGUAGUAAGUUGGAGACGCAGUUGCAGAAGGCCCACGAAGUGGAGCAGCAGUCGGGCUCCAGAGGGAACCCGGAGUAUGUGGACCGAGUGAAGCUGCUCGAGAAGGAGAUGAAUUACUAUAAGGACGAGUCCAACAAGGCUCAGACAGAGGUGGAGAGACUCCUGGAUAUCCUGCGAGAGGUGGAGACCGAAAAGAAUGACAAAGACAAGAAGAUUGCUGAGUUGGAAAGCCCCCCCUCCUCUGCCACUCGCCCCACCCCUCGUCCCGGCGGCAGAGCUCCCCCUGACCCGCUCCCUUCUGUGUCCGCCGCCCCCCAGCAGAUAGGGGGCAUGGUGUGGGAUUUCCUGGGAAAUCUAGCUCCCAGACAAGGAGGCAAAGACCAGAUUAAGAAGGGUACAAACAUCAAACUGGGACCCCAGGGGGACAAGAAGGGCUUAGGACAGGACCUUCGUAAGGACGGCUCCAUGGAGAGUGGCCACCACUUGGAGGAGCUGAUGAAUACACUGGAGAGGACGAGGCAAGAACUGGAUGCCACCAAGCAGCGUCUCUCCUCCACACAGCAGUCUCUGCAGGAGAGGGACACCCACCUCACUAACAUGAGACAAGAGCGCCGGAAACAGCUGGAGGAGAUAUUGGAGAUGAAACAACAAGCUCUGCUGGCAGCCAUCAGUGAGAAAGAUGCUAAUAUUGCAUUGCUGGAACUGUCUGCCUCCAAUAAAAAGAUGACCCAAGAGGAGGUUCUGAGCCUCAAGAGGGAGCGGGACAAACUGAUGCACCAGCUCAAACAACACACACAAAGCAGGAUGAAACUGAUAGCUGACAACUACGAAGAUGAGCAGUAUCAUCCACAUGGUCCUCACCACGCCCAGCCUCAGCCCCCACACCCUCAGCCUCAGACACAGCCCCACACCCACAGCACCCACAACACCCACAACACCCACAGCACCCCCAACAUCCACAACACCAACAGCCCCCCCCACAGCACCCUCAUCCACAACAGCCACAACCGCAGUACCCUCACCCUCCUCAUCCACAGCACCCCCAGCAGCACCCGCAGCACCCCCAGCCACCCCCCCAGCACCAACAGCAUCCACGCCCGCCACAGCCUCAGCAUCCUCACCAACAGCACCCGCAGCAUCCCCCACAGCACCCACAUGGACACCCCCCACCGCAGCACCCUCACCCUCAGCACCCACAUGCAUCCUCAGCACCCACAACACCCACAGCACCCGCAACACCCGCACCACGCCCAGCAUCCACGUCACCCGUCACCCCACCAUCGCGGAGGGCCUGCCCGAGGACCCCCACAUGCUGGUCACCGCCCCACCCCGGACCAGGAUGAUGAAGAGGGCAUAUGGGCAUAA